CGAGUGCGAACGGCAGCGAGUGAUCGUUUACAGGAAAGGGUGGAAAGAACUGCUGUCCUGUGUCUGCUGUCACGCCACGAGGGGUCUUCGCCGCAAACCCCUCUCGCGGCGGUGGGGAUCACAUCCCCACGAGAGAGCUCUUGCGCGGGCCGGUAAAACUUGUCCCGUAGCGAUCGCAUCGGUGCGCGGUUCACCAGUUCGUUUUGGCCACUUGAGUGACAAACAUCGCGAGCGUGGUGCCAGCAGACCGUUUACACUCAUCUCCCACCGUGUUCUAUCCGUGCUAUACGUCCAAUGCUAGGCAUAAGCUCGAAAGUGAAUUUAUUACUAGUUGGUUAAAAAGGAAGUCAUCGAACCGUAUCCGGCAGAAAAUCAGUUCCCAGUUUCCCGCUGCUCUCGCGCAUCGAACAGGAAUCGAGCAGGUUUAUCCCCUUUUAAGUUUACGUGUGUAUGUGUGAGCGUGCGUGCAUGCAUGCGUGUGUGUGCCUGUGUGCGUACCGUUGUGAAGAAGUGCAAGUGCAGCUGCAAGUAGACGAGAUCGGGAAGCAAGAUCGACUCUCACCCGGUUGGCGCAGCAGGCUGGCUAGAAAGUGAAAUCCGGUGAAAUCUGUGAACGAGUGUGGUGAACUUGAACGGCUUUGCCAGGUGGCAGAAGUGACCUGUCCAGGAUUUUUUUUCGUUUUUUUUUUCGUGUGUCAAUCGAGCAUCAAACCGAGUGGGGAAAAUGGCGUGGAAAACACACUCGAUCGUGCUGAUCUCGCUGUUAAUCGGACUUGCCACGGCGCAGCGACAAGACCAGGAGGAUCCGUGCAAAACCAAAUCAAAGGUCGUCGGUGACGUGACGUACUGUGAUCGAUACUGGGAGUGCAUCAACAGCCAGCCCGAGCUGUACGACUGUCCGAAUGGGCUCGUGUUUGCCGGCAAGCACCGAGGCGUUACUGAGGGCUGUGAUUAUCCGUGGCGAUCGAACUACUGCGAUGGCAAACAGUUGGCAAACGGUCCGAUCUCGACGGAACACUGCGAUUGGUUGUACGGCAUCUUUGGGCACGAGACGUCCUGUACGCGAUACUGGACCUGCUGGAACGGGACCGCCACCGAGCAGCUCUGCAUCGGUGGGCUGCUGUACAACGAAAAUGCUCACAGCUGCGAUUGGCCCGAGAACGUUGAUGGAUGUCAGAAGCACCCACUCUGCAACGAUGACGCGAACGGCAAUGUCCCGCUAGGCAAGUCUUGCAAUCGCUACUGGCAGUGUCAGGGUGGCUACCCGCGGCUCCAACGCUGUCCUGCCAUGCUCGUGUUCGAUCGACGCAGUCUGCGCUGUGUCGUACCACCGACUGAGGACUGUGACGUACCAACCACUCCGUUGCCGUUGGAGUACGAACCGGAACAGCAGCAGCAGCAGCAGCAGCAGCAACAGCAGCAAGGCAAGGGAAAUCCAAACGCCAUUCACCAAUCGUCCGGCAUCGGUGGACUGCAGGGUGGCAAAUUGCAAUCGGGCGGACGAAACAAGAACUAAACAAUCACUGUCAGCUGCACACACUCACACCCGCACACACACACACAUAGCCCACUACAGGAGCAGGCACAGUGCAGCUGGAGCUGGAGCAGUCGUACGAUGAACUUCACUGACCCCCCCUGGAGGGCGCACUGAUAACAGACAGAGUAGUCGUGUGUGUGUGUGAGAGAGAGAGAGAGAGAGAGAGCAAGAGUGUGUGUUAUGCUGUACCUUCUCUUCCCCAACUUCACUAUCUCAAACUUGGAUGUAACCAACCCUCCUCCACAUCCCCCUUUCAAAUUCCCCCCCCCACGGGUGUUUUCCCAGUAAGAGCGACCUAUUAUUGAACGGAGAAUGUAGAAUGCACCGUUUAGCUGCCCGGUACAGAAGCGAACCGAAAUAAGGUGAAAAUUGAACAUCGAAAUGGGUCGUGUCUUCCUCCCCCGGCCGGGCUAGAUCCCGAGCACCUUACCCGACGAUCAUUGUACUUUGUACACAGGAGCUGUCAAUGGCAGCGAUGACGGCAGCGAAGGCGACCAACAGACCGGGCAGGGUAGAGGAGCUCAGUAAAUGAGCUGCUACCGACAUACUUAAUCAACUGCACCGUCCCCGCCCGCCGGGAGCCAAAUUUCGGUGCCAAAUGGCUUCUCGAAGCGCAUUUUAAUUCAUUCCGCACACAACUCAUGGCCGCGCCGGAGCAAACGUUUGCACAAAAGUUGCGCUUCCCUGACACAACACACCAGUGUUUCGUCGCACCGAACUCCAUCCGAAUCAUUUACCCAUUCCCACCACCCGUGUCCGUAAGCUGCUGCUACCUUAUUCUAUCCCAUUGUGUCACUAUUUAAGAAUGUGUAUCGUACGUUAAGCCGACUGGAAGGAGAGAGCGAGAGAGAGAGAGAGUGCGCUCUGCAACAAGGACGAAAGCGCUAAAUAAAAGUAUAGAUGUAAACACACGA